AGUCGUUUGGAUGUGCGUGUGUGCACGAUAAACACACCGAUACGCUAAUGCUGUGCAAUGAGAGAAUCGACAAACAGACUGAAGAACCGAGACCUUCAUCGCUCACUCAACACACGGUUUUGAUUUAGUUCGGUGUGAAUUGUUCCGUAGUAUGGUACUGCGCUUAAACGUUCGUUCGCUCGCUCGUUUAUCGUUACUUUUUAUUUUGAAGUAAAAAAAAAUCUUACAACUUUUGUUCUUAUUUCAACUCACAUCGGUACAGAACAUAGAUUGGUUUUUUCGCUGUUCAAAAGAUCUCUUGUGUGAGCCAUACGAAAAAAGUAUAAAGAUCAUGCCAACAUAAGAUAAAACAAUUUCGGAAUUUGACUAAAGUGAUAAAGUAGCAGAACUUGUUGACGGUUCGGUUCGGUAUAAACAAAAGUGAUAGAAAAACUGAUUUUUUUUUUCUGGAAAAAAAUUCGAGUGAAUUUAUGAGAAAAAAAUAUUACAAACUGAAAACUGUUAUUUUAUGAGAAAACAACCAAAUUUCUUUCGAUUAAAACGGAAGUAAAUUCGGUGAUUAGAAGUGCAAACGGCGAUUUGAAAAUUGUGCAAGUUCAGUUUCGAAGAAAAAAUAAUCAAAAAUAGCGUUGAAAGCCAAACGAAAAAUGUUGCCGGAGACACAGUGCAACGAAGCGUUAGUGGUGAAAGGAGCCACGGAUUUUUCCAUCGCUGCCAUCAUGGGCAGACAAUCGGUCUGCAUGGAUUCACCGGAUAAGAGUUCAAGUCCAUUAUCGAUUGGUGGUGGUUAUCAAGACGAUGUGGACGAUAUUGAGGAUGAUGAUGAUGAUGCCAUAAUUGAUGUUGAAGACUACAAAAUUCCGCCGAUCACAAUAAACACGGCCAUUCCAUCGACACAAACCUCAAGCAGCAGCUUAUCACAAUCAGCACACAACAACAACAACAACAACAAUAACAAUAACAACGGAAAUGGAUCAUCAUCAACACUGACAAAGAACCGUAUUGGUCGGCCCACAAAAUCAUCACUCUCCUCACCGGUGUCGUCGACGGCCAGCGAUGAUGAGCGUCUAUCUCCCGAUUCAGGAAAGACACGCCCAACACUUUUAGGCUCUUGUAAUUGUGAUGAAUUGAAACCAAUCCAGUGUCAUUUGGAAACAAAAGAUUUAUGGGAAAAAUUCCAUGAGCUCGGCACCGAAAUGAUCAUCACAAAGACCGGAAGACGAAUGUUUCCAACAGUUCGUGUGUCAUUCUCGGGUUUGAUGCGACCAGCCAAACCAACCGAUUUCUAUGCAGUUCUUCUGGAUAUUGUUCCAGUUGAUUCGCGUCGUUAUCGCUAUGCUUAUCAUCGAUCGGCGUGGCUUGUAGCUGGUAAAGCCGAUCCACCACCACCACCACGUUUGCAUGCACAUCCCGACACUCCGUUCACAUUUGAAGCACUCACCAAACAGGUGAUCUCCUUCGAAAAGGCUAAACUCACAAAUAACGAAAUGGAUCGCAAUGGUCAAGUCGUGUUGAAUUCAAUGCAUCGAUAUCAGCCACGCAUUCAUUUAGUGCAACUGAAAUCUGGUCAAAAGAUCCCAACCACACCGGCCGAACUACAAGACUUAAAACACAAAACAUUUGUAUUCCCGUCGACUGUGUUCACAGCGGUCACAGCAUACCAAAACCAAUUAAUCACCAAAUUGAAAAUCGACUCAAAUCCAUUCGCAAAAGGAUUCCGUGAUUCAUCCGACUUUGGCAGGUACGAAGAUCCGAUCGAUGCCCUCUUGCUUGAACAACACAUGAAUGCACCGUUUCGGCCAUACGGUGAUAAUUCAUUGUCGCAAUUAGUAGCUCAGGAUGCGAUGGCAUUCGUUGAACGGGCCAAACAGCAUUUACAAAUGUUUGGCAAUAAUCCGAAUGCAGCAGCAGCAGCGGCCGCCUAUCAAGAGUCAAUAUUACCUCAGUUAUAUCAACGACAAAACUUAAAUAUGGGACUGUGGCAAGGUUUUUGGCCGCAGCAUAUACCACCAAAUUUCUUGUCCGGCAUUGCCGGUGUUGGUGGGCAAUCCGGUGGACCGGGCGUCGGUUUACCAAACGUAGCCAAACCAUCCAUUUCACCAAGUGGUUCAUCGCAAACAACAACAUCGCCAACACCAUCGAUUGUCACAGCCGCUUCAAUGGUUGACAUGCGAGAAAAAUACUUCAAACGUUUUAGCCCUUAUCAAAUACCACAAACGCAUCCUUCGUCAAACAGCCCACCAAAUUAGUUUAGAGAGAGUUUGAAUUUCAGAACUUUUCGCGACGUGCACAUUCACUUCGAUGUGUUUCGGGGCGAUUUGAAUUUUCCUCUCCGCAGCCCCUACCCUCUUCAUCUGUUGAAGUAAACAUCUCAUCUCAUGCAAUUGAAAAUUUAGCCAUAAUUUUCAAGCUAACUAAACAAAACAAAACUAUUAGUGUUACAUGUAUAGUGCUUAAGGUCAUAGAUCAUAGAGACUUUAUAUUUAGAUUUGAAGAAUGAAACAAUAACAGACAAACAAGCGAUUAGCAAACCCAUUGAUUUGAUUUUAAAAAAAAAAGAAAGGAAGAGACAGUCGAUAUCUUUCUGUCUUGAUGUAAAAAAAUUUCGUUCACAACAAAUUUUUGCCUCUCAAAUUCAUUUCCCUCGCAAUUUGCAAAGUGCAGUUUAUUUAAAUGGUUACAGCUCGUGAUUGGGGCAACGACGCAUUCAUUGUAUGUAACUAUCCGAUUUAUGUUCAAAUAUUUAUAGCGCUAUUCGGUUCUAGAACAAAUUUAAUUGUAAUUUUUAAAAGAUUAUUAUUUAUGUUUUAGUGAAAUCUGUGAUUUAAAAAAAAAAGCAAGCAAACCUCGAGUAUUUUUUAUCGUUUUGUCUAAAAUGUUUUUGAGUUUAUUUUGAUUUUCUCGCAAUCAGAUAUAUCUCUUGUAACAAUCAGAAUAAUAAUGUGUUUGUAAGAUAAUUUUUUUUCUCCUUUUUCCUAUUUCUGAUUCAUUCGAUUUUGUAAAUAUAAGACCCAUUGUAUAUUCAUUGAAUCUGGAUUUGUGUGAAUGUUUCAUCAUUUUUCUUUCGAUUCCUUUCGAUUCUUGUUCUCGCUUCACGUGUAAUUUAUUAUUGGCGUUAGCGCAAACAUUUAACAUUUGACGUAGAAUGACAAAUAAAAUGGCAUAAGAUACAAAUUGCAGUCUCUCUCUCAUGUAUAAACGAAAAAAUAAAACAAUUUCGACUCGAUGUGAUUAAAGCAUGAUGAUGAUGCAAGCUCGUUCAUCAAUUUUAUGUUAUAGAAUCACGAAAAUUUGAGACUCAACGCAAAAAAGAAAAUCAAAGCAAAAAUUCAAUGACAUAGAAUCAUUCACUUAACAACACUCAAAGUUUAAAACAUUAAUAAAAUAAAAAAUAUUUAAAAGAAUGAAAAAAAAAAACAUCAACUCAUUGGAUUGUAUAGAUUAAAUAAGAGGAGAAACACCCAUGUAUGUAAUAACAUCCCAUAAAAUAAUCAAUGCAAAAUAAAAACAUUACAUACAAAAUACCAUUUUAACG